CUUACAAUGAACAAAUACUGAAGUAGCCGGGAGCAGACGCUGACUAGGGGUAGUAUCUCCACCACCGAGAAGGCGCGCAGGGUCGGGCUGGCGCUGCCCGGGCGGGGAUCGCCUGGCCCCUGCGCUCUUUCACAUCCCUCUUUUCUUUCUUUCUUUCUUUCUUUUUUUUUUUUCUUCCAUACAUUGUUGAGGAAACCUUGCGGGUGCAUUUUUACUUUUAAGCCACCUUGCCCCCAGGAGCCCUGCGUCCCUGGGGCCGGUCGCGGGCCCAGGAGCCGGGAGUCUGAACAGCCAGGAGUCUUAACAUUUGCAGAGGCUUCAUCGUUUAUGGAGCUUUGGGCGGGGGCCGAGCCCGCGGUCGAGCCCCCGGCCCGCCGCCUAGGCCAUGCUGCUCGGUCUGCGCGAGGAGCCGUGGCCGCCGGGCCUCCGGGACUGAGCCAGGAGCCGCGGGAGGAGGAGGCGCCGGCGGAUUGGGAUCGCCGGCCGCGGCGGCGGGCAGCGCGGCGGACCCAGUACUAUGGCUGUGUACUGCUAUGCCCUCAAUAGCCUGGUGAUCAUGAACAGCGCCAACGAGGUGAAGAGCGGCGGCGGCCCACGGCCCAGCGGCAGCGAGACGCCCCAGCCCUCGGAGAGGGCCGCGCUCAGCCCCGGCAGCGUCUUCAGCCCCGGGAGAGGAGCCUCCUUCCUCUUCCCCCCAGCCGAGUCGCUGUCGCCGGAGGAGCCUCGGAGUCCCGGGGGUUGGCGCAGCGGCCGGCGCCGGUUGAAUAGCAGCAGCGGCGGCAGCAGCAGCACCAGCAGCAGUAGCAGUGUGGGCAGCCCGAGUUGGGCGGGCCGCCUGCGAGGGGACACGCAGCAGGUGGUGGCGGCUAGCACCCUCUCCCCACCCGGGCCGGAGGAGGCCCAGAGGAAGCUGCGGAUUCUGCAGCGUGAAUUGCAAAAUGUGCAGGUGAACCAGAAAGUGGGCAUGUUCGAGGCGCACAUCCAGGCACAGAGCUCUGCGGUCCAAGCGCCCCGAAGCCCACGUUUGGGCAGGGCACGUUCGCCUUCCCCGUGUCCCUUCCGAAGCAGCAGCCAACCCCCUGGAAAGGUCCUGGCCCAGUGCUCCCAGAGUGAGGAGCGGAGGACAAAGUCUUGGGGGGAGCAUUGUACAGAGACCCCAGAUGCCGACUUGGGGAGAAGAGGACUCAGCCCACACCCCUCGAAGGACAAGGAGCGAGUGGCCCCUCUCCCAGGCCCAGCCAGCCCCACGAGGACGAGGUUAGGGACUCAAAGUCCAGCCACUUCAAUAAGGAUGGAGAGAAACACCACUGCCAGUACCCCCUGUGGCUCACCCACAGCUAUGGAAAUUGACAAGAGGGUUGCUCCCUCACUGGAGCCCUUUGGAACUAGCUUAACAUUGGCCACCAAAGUGGCAGCCUCAGCCACAUCCCCAGGGCCACACCGUGGACACGAUUCUGCUGUCUUGGAGUCAGCCGCUGAGCAGGGCCUGGGCCCCUGGGAGGCUCAGAUGGAGAGACCUGAGCAGUUCCUGGGCAGGGAGACAGGCUUAGUCCCAGAGCCCGGCGGGACUGAUGUUAGAGAGCCCUCUGGGAAGAUGGAGAGAGGAAUUCAUCCUGGUGGUGGGCAGGGCUCUCAGACACCUGAAGUAAGCAAAACGUCAGAAGGGAUCCUGAAUGUCCAAAACUCAGAGCUGUCUGAGGCCCAGAGAUUUGGGUUUGGAGGGCCAGGAGACUUGGGCUCUGUAGGGCCUGAGAAGGCAGGAAAUGGGGUUCUCGGGACCCAAGAAUCCCAGCAGGCCCUGGAAAUUGUGGGGGAAGGGUCUCCAACACUGGGCUUGCUUGGGGGCAGCCAGGCAGCACAGCCAGGGACCCAGGAGGUGGAGGCAGGAAUUCCUCAUAGCAGAGUGCUGGAACCUUUACCCUGUUGGGAAGUGGCAAAAGGUCUGAAAGGCUCUCAGUGCCUCCCUGGGGACAGGAUGGGGAUGCAGCCUGAGAGUUCCAGGGCUUGGCUGAGCACCAUGGAAGAAGCUGGCCUGAUUUGGACGUGUGACAGAGGGGUACAAUCAGAGGGGACUUGGGAAAGCCAGCUGCAGGACAGCAAUGUUGACCCCAGCUGCCAGCAGCUGCCCCCAGAUCAGGACAAAGCCUCCCUGAAAUUCAAGACCUGCAGUCCCAGCACCAUCCCUGCCAUCCCAGCUGUCAUCAUCACAGACAUGGGUGCCCAGGAAGAUGGGGGCUUAGAGGAGUUGCAAGGAUGCCCUCGGGGGCCCCUGCCCCUGAGGAAGCUGUCCUCCUCCUCAGCCUCUUCCACAGGCUUCUCCUCUUCCUAUGAGGAUUCAGAGGAGGACAUUUCUAGUGAUCCAGAGCGCACCCUGGACCCCAAUUCAGCCUUCUUGCAUACCCUGGACCAACAGAAGCCCAGAGUGAGCAAGUCAUGGAGGAAGAUAAAGAACAUGGUGCACUGGUCCCCCUUUGUCAUGUCCUUCAAGAAGAAGUACCCCUGGAUCCAGCUGGCAGGACAUGCAGGGAGCUUCAAGGCAGCUGCCAAUGGCCGUAUCCUGAAGAAGCACUGUGAGUCGGAGCAGCGCUGCCUGGACCGACUGAUGGCUGAUGUGCUGAGACCAUACGUGCCAGCCUACCAUGGGGAUGUGGUAAAGGACGGGGAGCGCUACAACCAGAUGGAUGACCUGCUGGCUGACUUCGACUCACCUUGCGUGAUGGACUGCAAGAUGGGCAUCAGGACAUACCUAGAGGAAGAGCUCACCAAGGCCCGGAAGAAGCCCAGCCUGCGGAAGGACAUGUACCAGAAGAUGAUCGAGGUAGACCCAGAGGCCCCCACUGAGGAGGAGAAAGCCCAGCGAGCUGUGACCAAGCCACGCUACAUGCAGUGGCGGGAGACUAUCAGCUCCACUGCCACCCUAGGUUUCAGGAUUGAGGGCAUCAAGAAGGAAGAUGGCUCUGUGAACCGUGACUUCAAGAAGACUAAAACAAGGGAGCAGGUCACUGAAGCCUUCAGAGAAUUCACUAAAGGAAACCAGAACAUCCUGAUUGCCUACCGGGACCGACUGAAGGCUAUUCGAGACACUCUGGAAGUCUCUCCUUUCUUCAAGUGCCAUGAGGUUAUUGGCAGCUCCCUCCUCUUCAUCCAUGACAAGAAGGAGCAUGCCAAAGUGUGGAUGAUCGACUUUGGGAAAACCACACCCCUGCCUGAAGGCCAGACCCUGCGACAUGAUGUGCCCUGGCAGGAGGGGAACCGGGAGGAUGGCUAUCUCUCUGGCCUGAACAACCUCAUCGACAUUCUGACGGAAAUGUCCAAGGGCAGCCCACUCACCUGAGGCCGCCACCACCUUGCCUGCCAUCUCUGCCCCUCUCCCUCUCCUUUGCUUCCCUUUCUCUUUCAAUUCUUCCCUCGUUUCUCACUGAGCUUCCACCUGGAACAGAGCCUGCCAAGCUGCACUACAGGACACUUUGAAGAAAAGAGAGGACAUUUUUCUAGUUCUUUUUCCAUUACAAGAGCCUGGAGGUGGCUUCUGGAAGAGAAUUGCCCAAAUCUAGGCAUGACAUCCUGUACAGUCAGGUGAUCUUAGAGCCAGAGUAGGUCUGGGUGACCAUGGGAUUCCUGGCCACUUGGGGUUCCUAAGAGAUUGAGCCUUGCUUCUGGGAGACUCCCAGAAAGCACCGGCCCAGCCUGGCUACCAGUGGGACCCUGCUGCCCCCUGGUGGCCAGUGCUAUCAGCGUGCAAGCCUCCCUUGUGUCUCCCACCCUGGGUACCACAGCCAGGCUAGGGUACUGCUGUUUGGGAUUUGGAAACAACCUCUGGGGCUCUGCAUGUUGCUUGAGCAAAGAAUCCUCCAGAGAGAAACCCCAGUUUGCAGAGACACUGUGUGGCCUUUCUAGGGAAGCUAAAUCAAGACCCCACCUAGCUGGGGUGGGUUAAAUCCUUGGGAUCUAGACCCAGGCUAGAAGCCAGGAGAAGCUGUUUGACUAUUUCUGAAGAACUGCGAUCUCCCCAGAAGGGGGCAGGCAGGAACUGUGUACCCUUCCAUCUGGGAUUGCUGCCGGUGUACUUAGAGGAGACAUUCCAGGGAUAAUGCCACCUCCCAGAGCCGCUACUUUCUGGCCUUGCUCUGCCCUGCUGUAGCAGCAAGGUCCAGGCCUGGGUAGGUACUCAAAGUUCCGCCUGCCCUCCAGGGCACCUGCAACAACUCUGAGACCCUGUCAUACCCAGGGAAGAGGCUCCUCUCUUGUCAAGUCCCUGGUAAUAGUCAGGCAGUGCCACACGUGUACCUGGAAUCACUCCAUAAGGAAGGAGCCUUUAACAGUUACAAGGAUGGAAUGGGGUUCUGGCUGCAUCAGGCUAGGAGGAAGCAGGAUUCUGACUUCUUGAAAUUAGUUCUGAAUUUCCCUUGAAGUCACUCUGCAGCCUAAAGGGUUUAGAUUAGUGUCAUGUAGGUAGUUUUCAGGGUAUGGAUGGGUGCCUGAGGUUGCCCCAGACCUCCCCAUUCCUGGACUCUCUGAGCUGUUUGAAGACCUGGGAGACCAUUGUUAAUCCCUACUUCUACUGUAAAGCAAGUGGGCCUGGCUUACUGAAAAGAGCGAACAAUUUGCAUGGCUUCAGAAACAGAACUCCUGGCUCUGUUGUCAUUUAGAGCUGUCUUCAGGCCCCUCUGGGCUUGCCUACCCCUCCUUUGCUAAGAGACUCAGGAGCACAGUGUACAGGUGCUCUGCUAGGUACUCAGCUAGCAGACACUGCUUGGGGACACUAAGAGUGAUGGGGUGGACCAAGCUGUAUGUACCUGAAAAGGUCAUCUUCCCUUCUUUAGGAAGAGAUGGCCACCUGGGCCACCCACCCUGGUUUCCUGGGCUUUCUAGAGGACUAUUGGGCCAUGUGACACAUGUAUUUCCCCUUUCAUGCUGGGUGAGUGACAGUUGGUGGGGGUGGAAGGUGGGACCCAUGAGGAUGUAUGUAUAUGUAGAGACUUUAAAAAAGGAAAUCACUUAAACCUCCUGGCUCCUGUUCAGAUUCAUGGUGAGCUCCUGCGUGGGUUGACUUGCUAAAGGUCACCUCCAGCAAGCCUAGACCUUAUGAUAGCACAUGAUCUGAAAGGCAGGCAGACUUGGGGGGGGUUGUCAGUGAUGCAGCAAGCUCUGGGACUAGUUGCAGGGUUAGAGGGGACCACAUGGUCUGUGCUUUAGCCAUCUGCUGGGCAGGAACAUCAUUCCAAGAGUCUGUAUAUAAAGAUAGAUUGGACCCAAGUUCCCUUCUAUCUCAGAAAAAUGUUUGCUGAGGCAAACUAUGAUAUGAACAAAAAUUUCAGGGACCAGUUUAACCUUCCUAAGAGAACAAAAGUUGCUGAGCACUUUAAGGUACCAACUGUCUCAAAAAUGUGCUAUGAUUCAAGUGGCUGAGCGACCAAUUAUUCAAGAGGCCAGGAUCCUCUUAGGACAAUGCUUUGGGUUGGGUUAUGUUUGAGGUGUGAAAGUGGUCUAGAAAGGCAUCUUUUUGGGGUUAUUCUGUUACCAAGGGUGUUUUGUUUCGUUGGGUUUUUGUAUUUACCAUGCUAGUUCCUACACUGUCUCCCAAGCCAUUCACCCACCCGCUUCCUGCCAGCAGCCUUUCCUCCUUGUCCCACUGGGAUGGAUAGAUCCCAGAUGGAAUUUCCCAGAACCUCUGGUGCUCCAACAAACCAUGCCCAUGAGCCCUGGUCCUGGUGGAGACUCCUGUGCACACCUCGGUACAGAUGUGCAGAUGUAGGCUGUGGGGCGCUCCUGCCCUUGGGCCCCCAGGUUUCUUGGUGGUCAGUCCCACUUCGCAUGUUCCACAGGUUGCUUCGUCUGCUUUUCCCCCGACUUGCCUUUAGUGUCCUUUAAGAAGUGUUUAAGUUAUAUUUAUUUUUUUUUGUUUUAAUUGCACAAAACACUAAAAUGAAAGGCUGGACUGCUCUAAGCUCUGCGUGCCUUCUGGAGGUCUUUCCCUCAUGGCUGGGGGAGCCUUGAGCAGCCAUGGCCCCAAGACAGACGCUGUUCACCUUUGGCUGGCUGUAUUUAGCUUUGAGUUCGCCUGCAUCCUGCCAAUCCUGUGUGUAUAUAGGCCCGAGCCCCUGCUCCUGGGUGCUUACCUGUCAGUGCCUUUUUCUGGAGGAGAGGACCCUCCCCACACCCUGACAGGCUCUCCUCCUCUUCUGCACUCUUCUCUCUUCUGGACGUUACAACUCCCCUGCCUAGUGCCUGUCAGUCAACUGCAGACAUUCCCUUCUUCCCAAUAAAGGCCUUGGAGACCAGCA